CCGACCGUUGGUUUGUGCUGUGUUGUGUACGUGCUGCUGUGGUUCGUGCCAGAAGCCACAGUUAUUGGGGCUGAAAAGCUGACCGAGACGCCCCAAAAGAAAACAACAACAAAACAUAAUAACGACCCUGAAACUGAAAGUCAUCGAGUACGUCUUGGCUGAGUCUCCGAGAUCGCAAAGUGCGCCAGCGCUGUUUUUUCGGUUCAGCCCCGUAGCCCGAGCAACCAAUUCAUACCACCCGGAGACAGGUUCACUAUCGGCACUAUCAGCAAAUUGCAAUUUUAGCUGCCAAAAGCCGACAAGUACGGCUUUUAUCGGCCGCGCACUGAUAGACGUGUUUCGUGUUUCUGUACGUGAGCUCGGGCGUAGGUGGAAAAAGGUGGCCAAGGCGGUUUGCUUGUGCGAUUUUGUUGGGAGCGAAUUUUCGACGGUUGGCCAAAGGUCGAUCGAGCUGCGGGAAACCGUCACGAACGCCCAUUACGCCAGACGCGCUGGAAUCGAUAACACCGUAAUCGGAGCAACCCGUGUGGCCCGUGGUGAGGUGUUUGUUUAGGUGUUUUGCGUUCAGUGGCGAAACGCAGCAGGCCACCGACUGGCGCAGAAUUUUGGUAGUGUUGUAUGGAAAGCAUGACUAUCUCAGCUAUUCCACCGCAGGAACCCGUCUGGUGUCUGGACCGGCGGGAUUCGGGCCAUCUGUUUUGGCGCCGAGAGUCGUCCAAGGUGAAGUUUCGCUACGACGUGGAGGUGCUGGAGUUCACAAAGGAUCCGUAUGAGGACCAGCUGCUGAUCACGGAUAGCGAGUUGCAUCGCGCGAAACAGGAGCACGCUGGAGCCUUGUCCAAUAUGAUAGUCGUUUGCGCCACGUGUGUCGCCGCGAUCGCUGUGACGGUUGUUUUACCGUGGUUCCUGAUCGGAUCGACUUAAGCCGGAUCGUCCUCUCACGAUGUACACGCCCGCUAUGUCAGAGGUGUAACUGCGGCGCAUAGUUCUGGGGUUGUGAGAUGGUGGAGGAUGGUUUGUAAAUUGCCUUGGCCAUAAAGGCAACCUUAUUGUGAUAGCUGUACCUAAUCGAGUGAAUGGUUAGGGACAUGUUUUCUCCAAAAAAUGUUUUUCCUAGCUUUUAAGAAGUUCGCGUUUUCAUCUUGGCACACGAAGGACGGAAAUGGUUCUUCUUAAUCGACCAAUUUUUUUUAACUCUUGUUCUAAGAAGAGCUUUGCGAAUGUGUAUAUAGGAGUUAGCCCGUAAGAUGAAGUAGAAUAAUGAACAAAAAAGGUUAUUUGCAUAUCUUCCUCAACACUAAAUCCAGCUGAAAGCAAAUUAAACGCACCAAGUCAGUGUGCAAUGUAUUAAAUCGUAAAAGAAUAAUCCGUAUUCUGCACAUAGCGCAAAAUGAACGAAGGGUAGAUGAUAUCGUGCAGUUAUUGCGAGCGUUCUAAUGGAAUAUUGCAGCAGCAACACAUAAUUCAGUUUGACGGUGUAAGGGAAUUAAUUUUACAACAAGCAUGGUUGUAUUACUGUUAUGCAUAAGUGAACAAUAAAAGUGAAAUGAUGA